AUGGUUACCGUCGCUGGUCACGGUCUCUCCGCCCUCGGCGUUCUUCGUCUUACUAGUGACGCUGUGUCUUCCCACACCGAAGACAUCAGCGACACCUCUUCCCCCGGCGGCACACUCAGCCCACUGGCCACGCAAGUUGUUCUCAGCAUUCAAGGGUCUGGGUCCAACCACACACCUCCGACCACGCCUACGUCGUCGCUUCAUGGACACGGCCAUCACCCAAUCCACAUCCUUAUCCCUUCCACUCACGCUCAUCAUCCCGAGACACGCACAUUCACGCUCACACACGGACAUGGGCUCAUAGCCCUCCCACAUCAAAAGUCGUCGAGCAGCUCUCCCCCCACGCCGACGCUUCCCCGGGCGUCCGCGCGCACGUUGCGCAAGAGCGGCCUAUUCACCAGCGCGGCCGACUGGGAGGACGAACCUGCGCCGGGCAGUGCGACGGGCGAGGAUCCGUUUUUCGACGUCGCUCGUGAUGGGCUGAUGCUGUCAGUCACGGACUCGCCCGAGGAGCAGUCGGGCGGCGAGCGGGACUACUUCGACGGCACGGGUGGGGCAGAGGGGGCGGAUGCCACGCACCAUCUCGCCGAAGAUGGUGGCGUAGAGCUUGGGGGCUCGCGGUCGUCGUCAUCGUCUUUCGAGGAGCGCCAUUGA